AUGCUCAGAGCAAAGCCAGCCUCUCCGGACACAAGUACGGAGUGAUAGUGUGCGCGUUGUUCUCGCCUGCUCUGGAUGGUACUGGGAUGUAUUUUGGAAGAGGGGUCGGCCAGCGGCGACCCACCAGCAUCACCGCCACUGAGCCUGACGUGAAUGACAAAUAAAAGAGCUCUUUCAAGCGAGCAAACAGCACAGGAAUGUGCACAAGUCCGCUGGUCUGCACUCAGGCUCCUCAGAGCGACAUUUUGGACCUUUUGGACCUACCUCGUUUUGUUUGUAAACACCCAAACCCAACAGAGCAGAAUUUACAUAAUUUUUUCUCCCCUAUAAUUUGAAUUUUUUUGAAUUUUGGAGGCGGGGUGAGGUUGUUGGGAGUGUUUUUCUUUUGUCAAGCGUGAACAAGACAAACUUCUACCAUGGCACUGGUUAUGGAGCCUGUGAGCAAGUGGAGCUCCAGUCAAGUGGUUGACUGGAUGAAAGGCCUGGACGACUGCCUGCAGCAGUACAUCAAGACCUUUGAGAGGGAGAAAGUAGGGGGGGACCAGCUGCUGCGUAUCACCCACCAGGAGCUGGAGGAUUUGGGGGUGUCCAGAAUCGGCCACCAGGAACUCAUACUGGAAGCCGUGGACUUGCUCUGCGCUCUGAAUUACGGGCUGGAGACUGAGAAUCUGAAGACUCUCUCUCAUAAGCUCAACGCAUCGGCCAAGAACCUGCAGAACUUCAUCACAGGGAGGCGGCGCAGCGGUCAUUACGAUGGCCGAGCCACCCGCAAAUUACCCAAUGACUUUCUUACCUCUGUGGUGGACCUCAUUGCUGCCGCCAAAAGCCUUCUGGCAUGGCUAGAUAGGUGCUCCUUCUUUUUCAGGUCCCCAUUCGCUGCAGUGGCAGAUUACUCUGUAACCAGAAACAACGUGAUCCAGCUGUGUCUUGAGCUCACUACCAUUGUACAACAGUGCUCUCUGAAUGUUCCCCAGGACUGCUCUGUAUACGAAACAGAAAACAAAAUCCUGCACGUGUGUAAAACUCUGUCUGAAGUGUGCGACCACAUUAUCUCUCUGUCCUCGGAUCCCAUGGUGUCCCAGGCUGCACAUUUGGAGGUUGUGCAGCUUGCCAACAUAAAAUCCACUGAAGGAUUGGGCAUGUAUAUCAAAUCAACAUAUGAUGGUUUGCAUGUAAUCACCGGGACGACAGAAGGAUCCCUGGCUGACCGCUGUAAGAAAAUCCAUGCUGGAGAUGAAGUCAUUCAGGUCAAUCAUCAGACAGUGGUGGGCUGGCAGCUGAAGAACCUGGUGAACUUGUUGCGUGGGGACCCUGCAGGUGUCACCUUGACGCUGAAGAAACGCCCACAGAGCACGCUCACCUCAACUCCCGCUCUGCUCAAGAACAUGAGAUGGAAACCGUUGGCUCUGCAACCAAUCUUCCCUCAGAGCCCCAGCAGCAGUGUUGCCACGCCCACCAGCACUUUAAGCACUCCAUCCAGGAGGAGUAGUUGUGCCCUGCAGGAUCUCUACAUCCCACCUCCUCCAGCAGAACCCUACACCCCCAGAGAUGAAAAAGUAAAUCUGCAGGAGGACGAUCCUCCGUCAGACGUCCAUGUCGCCAAGGGAUCUGAGUCACCAAACUCCUACCUGGACCAGGAGUGUCGGCGGCGAUUUCCUCUAGUGGAGGAAGACGCUAUACUAUACUGUUACGAGUACGACCAAAACCAAGACGUGUCAUCAGUCCGCAGGGGGAGCACUCCCACCUAUGGCAGGCUCAGGCCCAUCUCAAUGCCGGUGGAAUACAACUGGGUGGGAGACAACGAAGACCUGGCCAAGCUGAAGAGAGAGAGCAGGAGAGAGAAUUCCCUGCUGCGUUUUGCGAGUGAAGACAAAGCCCCGGGGGAAGAGUUCCUUCUAGGACGCAGCCUAAGUCAAAACAGGAGGAAGACGGAGAGGGGAGGCAGCCCCACCCAUUACACACUUGUCCCCGCCCUCCAGAUGGAAGUCUCCCUGUCCACAUCCAGCUCUGACUCUGCAUCCCUCUACCAUGUGUUUGAACGAUCCUCGCUGCUGUCAAGGUCAAAGAAGAAAAGUAAAGCUGGAAGCCCCAUGUCUUCAAUCAGUAAGCGGCGGAUUUCCUGCAGGGACUUGGGUCAGGGGGACUGUGAAGGCUGGCUGUGGAAAAAGAAGGAUGCUAAAACCUAUUUUUCUCAGAAGUGGAAGAAGUACUGGUUCAUCUUGAAAGGCACGUGCCUGUACUGGUACAUGAACGAAGAGGACGAGAAGGCAGAGGGCUUUGUCAGCCUCCCCGAGUUUAAGAUUGAUCGUGCCACUGAAUGCAGAAGGAAGUUCGCUUUCAAGGCUUGCCAUCCGAAGAUAAAGACCUUCUACUUUGCGGCGGAAAAUGUAGACGACAUGUCCCGGUGGCUAAGUCGUCUCAGUAUGGCAGUGGCAGGGUACUCUGAGCAAGAGAAAAUUCGCCAGGACCAAGUCUGUUUGUCCACAACAGAUUACUGGAGUGAGAGUGAUCACGAAGACAUGGAGAUGCCCUCGAUGCCCAAACAGGACAGUCCGCCACCACCUUAUGACACCUAUCCCAGAGCAGCCUCAGUGAGUCCCUAUAUGGAACCGAAACGUGGCCACCUCUCCUCCUCUGACACGUUCCAGUCACGUUCAUCUCAUGAGGAGUUCCACUCUGAGCCUCAGGAAGGCAGCAGCGGCAGCAACAACGGCAUCUCCCCUGGGCAGAAGGCGAGCAGCCACCGAAACUCGUGGCAGGACCAGAUGGAGAGCAACACGAGGAUGCACUACCUCCAAACGUAUCCCAUGGAGGAGUCCCUGCUAUCUGAGGAUCGAGACCAACUGGCGAUGGAGUACCGCAGACAGUCCACCCUGCCUGCACAGCGCAGCCUGCUGCAGGAACAGUACAGAGCCCUGCCUCUGCCUCUCAGGUCCAGUAUUGAUUCAGAGGCGGGAGGGAAACCCCGCAGCUUCACGCUACCCAGGGACAGCGGGCUCCACGCCAUCCUGGCUGCCACCGCUGGUGCAUCGGAACAGAGAGAGCCCCAGCACUACCAGCUGGACCGGGCCAGAGACACAGGCCACAGACGGGACUUCAGGAUGCAGGCGGACUCUCUAGGGGAUUUGUACCGGGCUCUGGAGCAGACCAGUCUGUCCACCUCGGCUGACCACAGAUCAGCCAGCCGCCUGGAGUACAAGCGCUCAUUCGUCCGCCGAGUGAAUGACCCCCUGCUCAAUGACAAGCUCCACCGCCUCCGCAUCCUCCAUAGCUCACUUAAGAAUGUCCCUCUUCAAGACACAAACCGGUCAUUGGGUUUUUUAGGGUAGCCUAUGAGGAUCCAUAUGUCGAUGAAUCCUCGAACGUAUCGCCUCUGCCUGUGCCUGACGCGGCCGGCAUCCAGCUGCUGGAGAUGAAAAGCACCGGACACCUUCAUUCACCUGCUCGGCUCUCCAUCACCCCUCCUUUUACUUCUCCUUCAACCUCGCUCACCGCGCAGGAGCACAGAGACUCGGUGUCUCUCUCUCUUUUAAAGAUGAGGGCUGUCACAAAAGGCAAAGAAGAUGUCUGGCUUGAUAAAAAUAAAAUAGUAGACUCACAGGGUUUAUGACUGGCGAAUAAGCACUUUUUGUCCGUGUCAAAGACUUGUCGGAGAGCUUUGUAACUCAUCGCUCACAUGCAUGGCCACCUCCCGUCGCUUUCGUUGAACCAUUUUCAAGAUCACGCUGGAGUUGUGUACAGCCGCUCUCAGUAAGGCGUGAUGGAGGAAUUAAAGCUAUUUUGGAUGUACACAACAUUUUGUUAUGCAUGUGUGUAUGAUUGUUCCAUGAGUGUACAGGGUGCAUAUAUAUAUUUAAUAUUACGUUACUACAGCAACUACACAAUGUUUUGGGGUACUUAUACAAAUUGUAAAUCAAGUGCUGUGCCUCAGUGAUUGUGAAUGUACAUUGUACUUUUCCAAGAGAAACGAGAGACGAUACAGAAAGCAAGCUAUUCCUCAAAACAGGAGCACAAAAAUAUAACGCUUGGCAAUAAUGAACCAGUAUUGUAAAUUACAAAGGAAUGAUCAGAGUAGUCGUCUAUUUUUGUAUGCAUGCUGUCUACCUGAUUGUUUGUAAACCAGUUUUGUAUUUCUAAGUGCGUUUGGUCUGGAGAAUACUGGUGUCAACCCCCUUCCCCUCCUACCACAUUGUGUUUUUAAGACUUAUUUUACAAUUUGCCCUAGAAAGAUGAUUUUUUUUUAAGUGUUCACCGCAAAAAGAGGAAUUACUGUAUUUAUUAAAUGUUUAAUGUACAAGCAUGCUUUGUAUAACUAAAACACAUUACCAUGCCAUUUGAAAUUGACUGACAUUGCACAAGUGUGCCAUAUUGUAGCUACAUUACUUUUAUAUUAAAUAAAGUAUGGCAUGGGCACACAUAAGACAUAUCGUUAAAUGUUUUUUUUCUCAUAAUCACUACUAUUUUUAGACACUGCUUCUACCAGGGAGCCUGACAAAUGUUGACUCAGAAGAUAAUAAUAAUAAUAUGCAAACAGUACACACACGCUCUAUGUGCGUAUGAAGCCUCAGGCGUUCUUGUAGGAUGUAGUAAAUGUUUUUAUUAAUAAAGA